AUGACAGCCGUAGACAAUGGCGGCUGCGAGGAAGAGCUGCCCGGCCACCUUGGCCCUUCGAAUGCCGGCAGGGACAGCCCAGGGUGCACUGAGAUACUGGGCGUGCAGCACAGGCUUGUUGAAGAGGAUAUACAGCUGUGCUGUGAGAUAGGUCUGGAUGACAAAGAAGAAAAGCUCCUCGGCGGGGAUGUCAAAGAGGGAGUAGCCGAGGACUGCAUCGGGCGGAUAGUUCCAGAUGUUGGUGCGAAUCAGAUAAGAGUCCCAGGGAAUGGUGGCCACAACGGCAACCGUGAUGAUAAAGCACAGUUUUGCCGCGUCGACGCGUGUUAA